AGGAGGAGGAGGAGGAGGAGGAAGGGAAGUAGAAGGAAGAGAAGAAGAAGGUGUAUCAGUGAAGGAUUCCAAGAUGUACUGGAGGAAGAGGAGGAGGAGGAGGAAGAGAAGGAGGAGGAGUAGGAGCAGGAGGCGGGAGGAAGGAGGAAUGAUAUCAAUAAAUGAAGAAGAGAAAGAGAAGAAAUAAAGAUGAACAAUGAAACGCGAAGGAGGAGGAGGAAGAGGAGGAAAGAGUAAUGAUAUUAGUAAAAGAGAAAGAGGAAAAGGAUCACGGAUGAAAGAAAGAGGAAGAAGGAAAUGGGGAGAAGGAAGGAGGAUGAACACGGAGAAGGGAGGAGGAAAUAGGGGAGAGAGAGGCGGCGAUUCUAUGGGCGGUAUAAGAUUACAGUGAUAUGUUAGGACACGACCCUCCACCCACCUCUCUCUCUCUCUCUCUCUCUCUCUCUCUCUCUCUCUCUCCGCUAUUGCGCUGUUCAGUCUCAGUUCCUAGUGUUGUUUGUUAUAUGUUAUUUUUGUUGCCUAAAAGAUUGUAUGGUUUAAUUUCUGUCAGAUUUGUUAUGUUGUCUAAGGUGACAGAGGUGGAUUUGCUGUAAUGAUAAUGUUUGGGUUCUGUCUCUCACUCAUUUUCUGUCUCUUAUUUUCCUGUAUUUCCAUCACUUCCGCUUUCAAUCUUUUACUGUCUUUCAGUAUCUUUAUUUUAUUUUCGCUUUCUAUUUGCUAUGUCCUUUUAGUAUUUGCAUCACUUUCUCUUCUUAUCUCCUAUCUUUUGUAUUUUUAUCUAUUUCUGUCUAUUUUUUCCCACUGCCUUCAUCGCCUCCACUUUCCAUCCAUCAAUAUUUUCAUCGCCUCUUCUCUUCCUACGAUGUACUUUAAUGUAUUACUAUAUAUUUAAGUAUAGGUUAAGAUAGGCUAUCUUGAUUUACCCCGCUUUAAACUUGUAUCAUCAUAACUUAAGUGCAUCAAACUUUCUCAGUAAAUUGUUAAACUACUAAACUGGCAAUGACACACACAAGCCCGAGAAUCCUAUCUGUAACACAUGGUGUUUGAUGGUGGUCACUAUACAAAUUAUUUCUGUAUAUUGCUCGUUUCAUAUUUGUUUGUUUCAUAGUAUUUGCUCGUUUCAUAUGAUAACUACCUAGGAAUAAUGAGUGUUAAUGAGUGUUUCAUUUGUGUAUGAAUCCCUCGAGCGGUAAACCGAGGGAAGGUAGCUCAGGGAGGGAGGUCAAGCCGGCAGUCUAUUUGUGGCAUAGCAGCCGCACACACCUUGUUGGAUUGAAACCUGUGGAUUUAUUUCCUGUGAGCGCCAGAGACUGGUUGUACCCCAGCAGGCCCCUCUUCAGGUCCAGCGGGUUCUCUGGUCAGCUGGUCGUCCACCGUGACUCCGAGAAGCUUGGCACAUUGGACCACCUGGAGGGGGUGAGGGCCCACUGUGAGCUGGGGAGGGGGCACUGGUACAGAGGAGGUACAGCAAUGCAUCACCACAGUUUUGCUGUGGUUGAUGGUCAUCCUGCUCUUUUCCGUCCACGUCUGCAGUCGCUCCAGAAUUGCUUGCAGUGGCGAGUAGUCCUGGUUCUUGGUGGAAACUGGGACGCCCACGGUGCAGUCGUCCACAUACUUCCAGCGAUGAGGGGUGUCGGUGAGGGCGUCGUUAAUGAGGAGGAGGAAGCAUAGAGGACCCAUCUUGGUCCCCUGGGGGACCCCACAUGUCAGCUGUUGGAAAUUAGAGACAGAGCCCUGAUAGCGAACGGCCUGACGCCUCCCUGUGAGGAAGUCGGCUAGCCACGCUAUCAGGUUAGGAGGGAGACCCAGACUUACUGCCUUGCUGAUGACAACAGUGUGAUCAACAAGAUCAAAGGCUUUUUUGAAGUUUUGUGUGUGUGUGUGUGUGUGUGUGUGUGUGUGUGUGUGUUUAAAAGUAUUGCCAUUAACAUAUACGUAUUUUCCUUACAGUUGAAGUAUUUGUAUUACUUUUAUACGUGUUGUUUUCACCGUAUGUUCUUCUGUUUAAGUAUAUUUUACAGUGUAAGAAAUGGCGUGACUUUGUAAGUAUUAUUCUGCACCAUCUAAGUAUGUUAGAUUUCAUGUUUUCACGGUUUAAGUGUGUGCAGUUCCUCUUUAUAAAGGAGAUUAAGUUACAGCGCGUCAUACUUACGCGCACACACACACACACACACACACACACACACACACACACACACACACACACACACACACACUAUAUCACCUCCCACAAACACAUCCAUGCAACAAAGGCCUCAAUUACCAGCCAUUAGAGAGAGAGAGAGAGAGAGAGAGAGAGAGAGAGAGAGAGAGAGAGAGAGAGAGAGAGAGAGAGAGAGAGAGAGAGGGUACGAGUAUAUGGAGUCUUAAUGGUAUGUGAUAACAGGUAAGUAAGAGGCGGUGAUGGUGGUGGUAGUGUUUUUAUCAUCUGUCUUAUUGAUACUGUAAAUUAAGGAUAGGAAUUGUACAAAAAAUGGAAGAGGAAUUAACAAAUCUAGAAGGUUAUACGUAGGUGUGCGUUUCUCUUAUCAUCUCUCCUCUUCCCUCCGCUCUUCUUCUCCCCUCACCUUCUUAUUAACACAGAUCGAAGUUUAUAAAGAACACGAUACCAGACAAAAAGAGAAUAAGAAAACAACGCCACCACUUCACGACAAGAUAAUCAAGGAAUUCUCAGAUACAAAGAUAAAUAUUGUAAGAGAUUUGAUAUGCUGAAUGAGUCUCCGUAAUGUGAAAUGAGUGAGGAUGACGGCUUCAUCUAACCAGGUAUUGAGGGAACAAGUUAAAUACCUCCCACAUCUUGCCUUGACCACCUCGUUAGUUAGAAUUAGUGCUGUUAUUGUGCCUUACUGAUAAUUAUGAAAGGAAAACUCGUAAAGAAAGAACGUAAAGUUCCCGUAAACUGGAUCAUUAUUUGAAUUCAGGAGAGGUAGGGGUGUGAUAUUAAAUACACCAACUUUAUUAAAAAUGGUGAAAUACUGGACGAGGAGUGGAGAGCUAAUGUUAUUCUUGUGUGUGUAAGUCAAGUGGUGGUACAGACAGGUGCGUUGUUGUGUUGUCCUCGUUAAUUAAAUACCAGGA